AUGGCUAUCACCUUUCGUAGUCCGAGCCAAAAUUUUUAUGCAGAAAAUUUGGCUACGGGAGCUGGGCUGGCCCAGCUCGCCAGGGAUCUUACGACCCAGUGGCGGGAGUUCCUAGAAGGGAUUCCUGCCCUGGAGGAGAUUCGUAUCCCGAGAUGGGUACGUUUCCAUGCAGCUGCGAAACUCCAGUACCAUGCGUUUUGCGACGCGUCACAGGACGCCUAUGGAGCUGCUAUUUUCGUCCGAAUCGAAACGAAGGAAGGCUGUUGUACCCAUCUACUUACAUCCAAAACCCGAGUCGCUCCUGUCAGAUCCAUCUCCAUACCACGCUUGGAAUUGUGCGGAGCAGUGCUGCUCACGGAGCUGGCAGCUCUAGUAAUUUCUGAAAUGCCUCCUCAUGUCUACGAGACCUUUUACUGGACCGACUCUACGAUCGUUCUUGCAUGGCUGAGUAAGCCAGCGUGCACCUGGACAACCUUCGAUGCCAACAGGGUCGCAAAAAUCGAACAGUGUACCGACGGAAGCAAGUGGAGACAUGUACGAUCCGAAGACAAUCCAGCUGAUCUGGCAAGCCGGGGCGUCUCACCCCAAGAGCUUAAGGACAGCGCACUGUGGUGGCGUGGGCCAGCUUGGUUGCACCUCAAACAGGAGCAGUGGCCGAGUGAGUUGUGGGUCCAUCCGGUGACUGAGCUUGAGCAGCGCCCCGUCAAAUGUCACACGGUCGCAGUGCCCUCAGCAGUUGAGAUCCUAGAGAGGUUCUCAGCCUUUGACCGAGCUCUGCGGAUUCUUGCUUAUGUGUUUCGUUUUGUGAAAAGUUGCCGGAGGGAAGGUGUAGCCUCAUCGGUAGAACUCACUGCGGCGGAAUUGUCGGAGGUGCAGGAGCGGUUAAUUGUGCUCACUCAGAAGAAUAAGUUUCCCGCCGAAUAUAAGGUUUUGAGCAACAAGCAUCCAGUUCCGCCCGCAAGCGCAAUUUCUAACCUAAACCCCUUUCUCGACGGAAAUGGUGUCUUGAGAGCAAGCGGCAGGUUACAAGCAUCUGAAAUGCUUAGUUAUGAUGAGAAACAUCUGAUCAUCCUUCCUGCACGGUGUAGGUUCGCCGAACUUCAAGUCCUUUUUAUCCAUCGCAUAUCCUUGCAUGAGGGGAAUCUGAUUCGUUCCAAAUUCUGGAUUCCCAAGCUUAAAAUGUUGGUGAAACGAACAAUACACUCGUGCCGAGUGUGUGUCAUGCACAAGAAGAGACUGCAGACGCAGUUGAUGGGGAAUUUGCCCCGUGCGAGGUCCACGUUCUCCAGACCGUUCACCCAUACGGGAGUGGACUUCACAGGACCAUUUGACGUCAAGAGUUAUGUCGGUCGAGCCUGCAAAAUCACAAAGGGGUACGUGUGCAUUUUUGUGUGUUUUACUACCCGGGCUAUCCACCUCGAAGCGACCUCCGACUUGACUACAGACAAGUUCUUGGCCGCAUUCUCCCGUUUUUUCGCUCGGCGUGGGUGUCCACAACACGUCUACUCUGACAACGGGAAAACGUUUGCCGGAGAUUCCACCUCCUUAUCAAAGGAUUUCAUUGAAGCUACCAGUACAUUGGUUUUAUCCCAGCAUAGUCUUCAGAAUGUGUCCUGGCAUUUCAACCCUCCUGGCGCACCUCAUAUGGGAGGGCUUUGGGAGGCAGGUGUGAAGAGCUUCAAGUCGCAUUUUUACAAGCACACAGCCGCUGGGAAAUACACGUUCGAGGAACUGACUACCCUCCUGGCGAAGAUUGAGGCCUGUUUGAAUUCCAGGCCCAUCUCGCCAAUGUCCGAAGAUCCCACGGACCUUAUCGCUCUUAGCCCUGGGCAUUUUCUAAUCGGUGGACCAUUACUUGCGGUAGCAGAACCUGAGGUUAAAGAAGGUCCCAGCUCCAUUAUCAAUCGGUGGCGAAGGUUGAAAGCCCUGAAUCAGCAGUUCUGCGUGCGUUGGAAGGAGGAAUACCUAAAGGAACUCCACAAAAGGAAGUUCCCAACUCGAGAUCUCCAGGCGGGAGACAUGGUGGUGAUCAAAGAGGAGAACUUGCCAUCCAACGAGUGGCGACUUGGGCGUAUCUAA